AUGGUGUUAAUUGAAAAACGAAGAUUAAAUAAACUGUUAAGAAAGCCUUCAUCAUCAUCGCUUGGAAAAGCUCUAGGUUUGAGACAGAAGUUGUCUCGUACUUCACAAAAGCAAGCCAAAUGUGCAUCUGUUGUAUCUGAAAAGGUACCCAAACAGGAGAUUAAUGUUGAUGUUGCUACUUUGUGUGCUGAGAUGUGUGGUGUUUCUAACCUAUCGCAAUCUGCAGCUAAUCUUCUUCAGAAACACUUAAAUCAAAUAGCUCGACUUUUAAUUCAUGAAGUCCUUCGAGUAAUGGAACAAAGUCGUCGAGGUGUCCCUCAAGCGUCCGAUAUUGACUUGGCUUCAGUUUUGAUCGGACUUGAAAGUCCUUUCGGAACAACUACCGCAAAUUUUCUCCCAAUUCGUACAGGUGGUCGUACCGCAAGUUCAGGUCCUGGUGGCAAAGUUUUUUUCAUUCGACCAGAUAAAGAAAUCGAUGUCAAAGCUUUAUUACUUCGUGAACCAGCAGGUGUUGUCUACGAUGUUAGUUUAGUUGCUCAUUGGUUGAUGGCUUUGUUGAAUAAUUCAUUUGGAUCUCACAAUAAACAAAAUAAACGACCAAUUGGUCACAAAAAAGAUGAUGAUAUAAAUUCAUCAGUUGAAAAACAUUCUAAAAUUGGUAUACAUAGUAGUAACCGAGAUAAAUUAGAUUUAUUAUCAGGAUCUCAUCCAAGAAAAGUUUUAGCAGUGUCUGUCGAACGUCGUUCUCAUGAAAUCAGUCAAGAGGUGAUGAUUUACUUUCGUGAAUUAACUGAGGCAUGUGUUGGUGCUAAUGAAACUCGACGACAUGAGGCUUUGGACAAUGCUACAUUAGAUCCAGGACUUCAGCCAAUAUUACCUCAUCUUAUGACAUUCAUUACAGAGGGUGUAAGAAUCAAUGUAACUAAUCAUAAUCUUGCUAUAUUAAUUUAUUUAAUGCGAUUAGUUAAAGCAUUAAUUGAUAAUCCGCAUAUUUCACUGGAACCAUAUUUACAUUUACUUGUGCCUACAGUGAUCACAUGUGUACUUAAUCGUCAAUUAUGCGCUAAGCCAAUUACAGAUAAUCAUUGGGCAUUAAGAGAUUUUGCUGCUAAACAAUUAGUAACUUUAUGUAAUAGGCAUAAUACGUCUAGUAAUGAAUUAUACGGUCGUGUUACCCGUGAACUUUCGCGUGCUUUAUGCAAUUGGAUUGAUGGCGGUAGUACCUCUAAUAGUUCUACAGAAACUUGUAUGAAAUUAUCAAAUCCUAAUGUACCAAUAAUUGUUAAAAGUGAGCUAUCAAAAUAUACGGAUGAUGAAAAGUCGGAUGAAACGAAAUCAUGUAAAUAUGAAAGUGAUCGUUUAACCAAUUCACUUACAAAUACAACAUUGGCUACGAUUACCACUACUACUAGUCAUAAUAAUAGUAGUAGUAUUAAUACUACAACUGGUAAUUCCAAUACUAAUAAUAAUAACAAUGGACCUAGUUUAGGCAGUGCUAUACAUUCAAUGAAUACGUUAUAUGGUAUAAUUGUUGCAUUAGCUGAAUUCGGUGCACAAUGUUUACGAAUGAUGGUAUUUCCAUUAUUGUCUUCUUUAUGUCACCGUUUAACUAAAUUAACAGAAUCAAAUUUUACGUUAAAUGAAUUAAAUGAAUUGAAUACUUCAGGAAGUAAUGAUUUAAAGCCUACACAACAACAACAACAUCCAGUGCUUUCGUUAAGUUUAGGCGUAAAACUUUUACCGGUUGAUCAACGUUCAUUUGAUUUUCUUAAAGUUAUGAUGACGAAUCGUAUUGCUCCCUUACUCCAUGAUUGGCGUAUACGUCAAGGAUUUGGUGUUACGUUGGAAGAUUAUCGCGCCUCCUAUGAAUAUAUGAAUUCGUAAAAGAUUCAAGAGUUCAAUGAAUUAUUUGUAACACUGAAGUUUUGAGCAACAACAACAACAACAACAAAAAUGGAUAGAUGAAGAUUAAAAUGAAACAACAACAAAAAAAAAUAACACAAGCAACAAUAGAUAAUCAUCAUUGAACUACAGAGAAAGAGAGAAAGAGGGGGGAGGAAAGAGAAAAAUAAAAGGAAAGUAUUGAUUAUUUUCUUGAGGAUAUCAAUAAAAUAUCAUGAGUUGACAUUUUACCUAAGUAUCAUAGUUUAUUAAAAUGAAUAAAUAAUUGAUGUGUUUAUUUAUUGAUUUAUUUAUACAACACAAAGGAUCCAUUCUAGUUUUUGUAGGUU